UUGUUAGAAAGGCCCACAUUCCGGUGGUGUCAAAUAUCAACAUGUCUGGGUGGGUCCGGAAACAGUUUCAGACGGGUUUAGUUCAUACCUGACAACAACACCUGAAAAACAAUGAAAUAUUUCAUAUUCGUGAAGAUACCGAGAAUAAAGUUAACAUGGCGUGUGCUGGUUUGAAACACUGCAAAGUGGCCCUGGGCUUUGCUGUUAUUUUUGACAUUUUUGGCUUUACGGCCCUGUUUCUGGGGCUCUUUGUGCCACUGGAAAUGAAGGGGAGAGAUUUCGGGGACCUUCUUGUGUCCACUGGGGUUCUCAUGGUAUUGAUAUCUCUUGGCGGUUGGGUCAUGUGGUACAGCGGAAACAUUGAGGGUAUGCCAACACAGAAGGAUCUGAGGGGAAUCGGCAAUGCCGUGGAUCACUUGGCCCGCAGCCUCAGCAAGAAAAUAUAUACGCAUCGUGUCCACAGAGAGCCCUUACUUUUUGAAGAUGGAGGGAUUGUCUGGUAUGAAGACAUUAUCGUGGGCAAGACAAGGUAGACUAGGGACAGUAAGCUGAUCAGAAGACUAUCAGGAUGUAUUUAUGACCCAGAGAAAAUCCAAUGCUUAAAAAGGUGGAAAGGUAAAACAAGAUUUAAUGUUAGUGAAGGAUACAAAUGAAACGUAAGGACAGUCAACAGUCAAACAGAAGGUUUUUAAAACCCUGUGACCCCCCCCCCCCCAACACACACACACACUUAUUACUAGUACAAUCCCCCCUAAAGGUUAAGAGCCUUGGUCAAGGUCACAAUGAUGGUAUACUUGCCCAUAUCAACCUUACAAAAACACAAUAAAACUUCAAUAAAUAAUAAAAAAGAGGGUGUGUUCCAGUGAGCAGAUAUUCAAUAUUCUAAUUGAACCUCUAUUUUUUUUAAAAUAAUUCUGAUGAUGUCAUGUCCCAGAUAAUUUCAAGUUUCAAGUUUUUUUUUUUCAACUACUGCAAAGUUAACUGUUUUUAUUUCAAAAGUCACUACAAUAUAUUAAUAUGUAAAUCUGCACAGCACACCAUGAGGAGAAGACCAUUACCACUUAGUUUAAUGGGAUUUUUGAAGACCUUAAUGGAAAUCCCUCUGUCUAGACACUGAUUGUUGAGAUCAGUGCACCCCUUGAGAGCAUAACUGUUUUUCUGGAACUACAUUUUGUAUUUAAAGACAAAAGUCUUUGCCAUAAUGUUGUUUAAAUAAAACAACCAAUACCACAAAUAACAGCCUACAAAAACUGUCAUCGUUUUAUUAUUUUACUUAAAAAAAAAAUCAAAAUGUAAAAAUCUGGUAUUGUGGUAAACUGUUGGCUGUAUCAAAUGUUUCAGCUCAUUCAGGAGUGUGUACUUUAUUUGAGUCAUUUUUUCAGAGCUGUUUACCUGAAACCAAAAAUAUGACUACAAUUAUUAUGUGGU